AUGCGAGCUUUCCUAAAGAAUUCAGAGCGGUGUUUCCAGCUGAAAUCCGACACCACGACCAUCGGGAGCCACAGAGGGGCCGACAUCGUCCUGCAGGCCGCAGGUGUGGCAGAACUUCACGCAGCCCUGGAAUUCUCCGCCUCAGACAACAGCUUCAUCCUUCAGGACUUCAACUCUCCCCACGGCACCUUUGUCAACAGCUGCCAGGUCCAAAACGCGGCCGUCAGGGUGAGCCCGGGGGAUAUCCUGAGCUUCGGCACGGCGGGAGCGUCCUUGGAGCUGGUGCUGGAUGGGGCUGCCCAGAUGUCCUGUCCCCCCUUGAAGCGUCGCAUAGGGUGGAGCAGGCAGCUCCAGGUGGGUGCAGAGCCCAAAGCCUGGACUCCUUCAUCACCUCUGGGCCUGCCCUCGCUGCAGUGGCAGCUUCCCCCCAGCUCCCUGGGCAGGGGGACCCCCAGAGCCCACGGCCACGAGCCCCAUCUGCCUGUGCCAAGGCGACCUGCGAGUGCCCGGGGCAGGAGCACGGCCGGUGCCACCUCUCUGGACACCUUCAGCAGGAGCUCUGCAGCCAGGCCAGUCUCAGCCAGCUUCCCAGGGGAUGGUGCAAAGGGGGGACCCCCUUCCCUGGGCACUCACCAGGCGAAUCUCCUCCUGCAGGAGAAGGGUGAGAAGCUGCUGGAGAAGGAGAUGGGUCACCUUUUUGGUUUGGAUACAAAGGGGAGGGAUGUGGUGACAAGAGACCUGCAGGAGGAGAUCGCAGCCAUGGCAAAGAAACUGGCCCAGGCAGCAGUGAGGAGCGAGGCUGAGCUGACCCAGAAGCUUCUCACCUUCAACCGAGAGCUGGGAGCCCAAACAGAGGAGAUCAAAGCCCUGAGGGAACAGAUCAGUGACCUGCAGAAAGGCUCAAACCAGGUUUUCAGCCAUUCCCUUCAUGAGAGAGACCUGGAGAUCGGGAGGCUGCAGAGAGAAAGUGAGAAGUUGAAGAAGGAGCAGGCUUUGACUGCAGGUCUGAUGAGCAACAUGAAAAGGGAGCUGGUGCAAAAGGAGCAGAAAAUCCAGCAACUCCAGCAAGGGACAGAAAAACUGAUUAAGGAAAACCAAGAGAAGGACAAUCAGCUGGCUGUGGCUUCAGCCAAGUGCUUGAGAAUUAAAGAAGAAGCAAAGCAUGAACUUGGAGAGGAGGAACUAAUCUCCUGCAGAAAUCGCAUUGAGGAGCUGGAGCAGGACCUGGAGGGGCUGCAGGGGGAGAUCCAAAAGCACGAGAGUGUCCAAAAGCAACUGGCUGAGAAAGCCAAGGCAGAGGAGGAGCUGAAGGCAGCCUGGUCCCAGCAGCUGCGGGAGAUGGGGCACAGGGAGCGCCUGCUGAGGUCUGAGCUGCAGCGAGCUGGGGAGCAGCUGGAGUCCUUCAAGACCCGAGUGAUGCAAGUCUGUUCUCCAUCAGCAGCUGGCAGCACAGGGAAAGCUGUAACGGAGCAGCAGGUGAUAGAGAAGGUCAGGCAGAUCUCUGAUGAGAACCAACAGAGUCACGAGAGAGAGAGGAGUCUGCAGAAGGAAUUAAGCUCCAAGCUCGCAAAGGAGGAGGAGGUGUCUGCAAACAUCGAGGUGUUCAAGAACUCCCUGCAGAAGCUCCAGGCCUGCCUGAGGAGCUCCUGCAGCAGCUCCAGCCUGAGAGAGGAGCUGGGGCAGCUGGAGGUGUUGUGCCUGGAUCCCUCUGUCUCAGCCAUCAGGACAGCAGUGGUGGACAUGGCACGUGGUCCCCUGGCCUGGCUGGAGGGUGCAGAGCAGCUCCUGGACAGCCUGGGGAUGGACCUGCACACCUCUGGCAAAGGGCUGUUGGCUGCUCUCGAGAGCUUGUCGGAGAAGAUGCAGGAGAUGGCCCAGAGCAAUCAGAUGUUGCAGGAGCAAUUAAAGAAGCUCCAGGAGCUGCAGGCAGAGCUGCUGCAGGAGCACACUGAGGAGCUGGAAGCUAAACAUGAGCAAGACUUAGAGAUAAAAAUCCAGCAAAUCGUCCUGGAAAAGGACAAGGAGCUCAAACAGAUUCUGGAAAGCGCUGUUGCUGAGGAGAAGGACAAGUGCAAGAAAUCUGUGGAGGAAGAACAGAAGAAGAUCCAGGAGUUGGAAAGCCACCUAAGAAGCAUGGCUGAGGCAACAGCAAAGAAGGCAGAGGAGCAAGAAGUGACAGAGGGAAAGCUGAGAGAAGCUUUGCAUGAGCUGAAGAAAAUCACUGCACAAGAGGUGGUGCUACAGCAGCAGGUGCUUCAGCAGGACCAGCAGCUCAGGGCUGUCCAGGAGGAAAAUGAGUCACAGAGACAGAAACUGCUAGAAGAUGUAGCAGGAUACAGGGAGCAAAGCAAGCAGCACUCCCUGACCAUCCUGGCUUUAGAGGACAGGCUGCUGGAGGCCACUCAGCAGCAGAAGGUGCUGGAGGAGGAAAAGGCAGCACUUGUGGGAGAAAUAGAAGGAAUGCAGUACAGGAAGGUGUUCAUGGGCGCCCUGCCACGAGGUUUCCCUCUGGCUGUGAGACCUGCACUGAUCUUCCCCAGGAAACUGCGGGAGGAGCUGGCAGUGGCCCAGGGCACGCUCCUGGAGAAGAGGGCAGUCAUCAGCAGGCUCAGCAGGGAGCUGUCAGAAACCAGAGCCAGGAUGUCGGACAUGAGAGGGGAGCUGAGUGAAGAGCAGAAGGUGGAGCUGGAGCACAGCCAGAGGCAGCUGAAACACCGGGAGUGGGAGGUGAACCAGCUCAGGGAGAAGCUAUCCGAGAUGUCCAGCCUUGUGGAGGAGAAGGAUGGGGCCCUGAAAGCAGCAGCUCAGGAGUUAAGCCAAGCCCAAACGCGCUGCCGGGUGCUGAGGGACGCUUCCCAACAAACCCUGGAGAGCCCAGAGGAUGCUCCCAGGACACCCCUGCAGGUGGGUGAAGCCUCUCAGAGGGGGAAUCAUCACGGGGAGCACCGAGGCUGGAAAAGGGAAGAGCUGGCAGGUGGUGGCAGCAGCAGAUGGAGGGACUGAGGAAUUGUACAUUCCGUACAGCCAGCAGCGUGCCAGCGAGGCCGGCUGGCUGCGGGGCCGGCCACUGACUCACAGCCAGCUGAUGAGCGGGAGCCACCCUCAGACUUGGCUGAGCUUGGUGCAAAAUGCCGAGGCCUCAGGCACGAGGAAACCAUCCAGCGCCAAAAGGAAGGUUUGGCUGAGCUCCGGGAGAGAGUGAAGAUGCUGGAGAAGAGGCAGUGCUCAGGUGUCAUGAAGAGCAAUUUCGAGCCACUGGUGGUCCAGAUGAGAGACUUGAAAGAGAAAAGAAUUCAACAAAGAGGUCUUGAGCUGGAACCUGCACCUGUGUUGGGAGAAAAACUGAAGGCUGGCAAGGUUCCUGAGCAUGUUCCUCAUGGGGGCUCGUUCAGGAUCAGCAGCUGGGAAGUGGCUGAGGCGACAGACUUGGGUGAGAAGAUGUACCUUGAUGUAAUUGGUGCUCUGGGAAGCCUGGUGGAGAUGAAGGAGCUGUCAGGAAUGCAGCCUCUGCAGCACCUGCCUCAGGAGAGAAGGGCAGAAGUGGGACUGCAGAGACAGAAGGCCCUGGAGCUGUUGUACAAAAAGAUCAGGAACCUCCAGGUUCGCCUGGAAAGGAAAGAAGAAAUGCUGAAAGGUUAUGAGGGAAGUGUGGAGCAGCUCAGGCAGAGCCAAGCUUCCCUGAGAAGGUGCCAGGAGGAGAUGUCCAGCCUGGAAGAUGAAGCCCACAGGGAGGCAGAAGAGAAGGCUCUGCUGCGAGAGGCUCUGGAGAGGAUGCAGCUCCAGCUGGACCAGGAGAAGAGGCUGCGGCAAGCGGCCAAGAGACACAAGCCUGGAGCCACAAAGCCUCUCUGCUCAGGCAAGCCAAAGGCCAAGGAGCUGAUGCUGUCAAAUCAGGAAGCUCACGGGAGCAGCACCACGGGGACCUUCACCAGGUGUUGGUCUGCAGGAGGAACAGGUCAUCACUCUGGACUCUGAGGGUGGAGCUGGCAUGAGGUCUGGGUGCAUUUUGAGGAGCUCCAGUUUGUAUCCUGUAGCUCCUUGGGCCAGUGGACAAUGCUGGACCUUAUUUUCCACGUCCCACAGAAUGUGGU